CGAAGACAGUAGACUUUUAAAAGGUCACAGUCAUAUCUAACAUUAAAGUGGCGACUCUUUCACAACGCACGAGAUGACUGAGAGGCGACUCUGACAGGAAAUAUGUCUUAUCACAACAAGGAGUUGAUGGAGCAUAUUCCAUAUGUCCCUCCGCUGGCUCUCCACGGCAUCUCCAUGGACAAGACCGGAGCGCACUACAAAGAUGCGCUUCGACUCGGACUGCCCUUCCACCUAGACGCUGCGUACCUCGACCCUGUGCACGGCCACAUGUUACCCUACAGACGGCUAUCCUAUUUCCCCUUUCACGGAUCUCUCGGUGUGUGUGAUUAUUCCUUCGAGCCCGCGUUCAUCCGGAAAAGGAACGAGAGGGAGCGACACCGUGUGCGCUGCGUAAACGAGGGUUACGCGCGGCUCAGAGAGCACCUGCCGCAGGAGUUUGAGGACAAACGGCUCAGCAAAGUGGAGACUCUGCGGGCGGCUAUUGACUACAUCAAACACCUGCAGAGCCUGCUGGACUUGAACGUGUCCGGGAUGGAGAUGUCGCUUGGAGAUGCGCGCAACCGUGCGCCGCUGCCGCAGAGGACAGAGUGCAACAGUGACGGAGAAUCCAAAACUGGCCUCAGCGACGGCGGGGAAAUUGUUUACUAGCUCUCUCUCACUGUCUCUCGUUCUCUGUAUGACAUGCUGCAUAUGAAUUACGCAACACUUAGUUAUAAUUAAGUGUAAUUAAAAGGACAAACUGAAUGAAAAAAAACAAGAAGAACAGUGAAAACAACCACAGGUUUUUACAGUAAAGAUGUGACAUGAAACUCCCAGUCCGUACAUUGAGCACGAACAGUUUGUUUACAUGUGGGGAGGCAGGAAAAACUGUUUUUUCCAGGUGGACAUUAGAGGCAAAAACAAUAAUACUUGAUCAAUAUUUGGAAUUUCAUUCUUGACCUUCAGAAAUAAUAUGUUUAAUAUCAUUUGAAUGAAGUUUGAUUUGGUGGUUGUGGGCCUCAUGAAGGUCAUCAACAAGGUGACUAACACGUUAUUUCAGUGAACAAUGUUUGACUGUGUGUGAUGCUGAGGUUUUUUUUUCCUGUACAUCCACGUAAACAGACUGUAGUCAAAAUAAGUAUCAGGGGUAAUUGUAUUCUCUGCAGGGAAACCUCACCUCAUUAUGAAUACUGAAAGUGAAUUCAGUGUACAAAGCCAUUGUUUUGGGGAAAUUGUUAUUUUUUUUGUAUUGUAUUAAAAUCUUGUGAGC